AACAGAGGGAGCAGGAUGGCUCGCUGGGGUCUCCUGCUGGUGCUCUGCGGCUACUGCGCCUUCGCUCUCCCCGCAGACUCGGGCGCCUUCCGAAGGAUCUUCCUCAAGAAAAUGCCCUCCAUCCGCGAGAUCCUGAAGGAGCGAGGCGUGGAUGUGGCCAAGCUCAGUGCUGAGUGGAGCCUCUUCUCCAAGAGGGUCUCCCUUGGCAACGGCACCUCCCCCAUGAUCCUCACCAACUACCUGGACACCCAGUACUAUGGCGAGGUUGGCAUUGGCACCCCACCCCAGACGCUCAAAGUCAUCUUUGACACGGGUUCCGCCAACCUCUGGGUGCCCUCCAGCAAGUGCAGCCCUCUCUACACUGCCUGUGAGAUGCACAACCGCUAUGAUUCCUCGGAGUCCUCCAGCUACGUGGAGAACGGAGCGGAAUUCAGCAUCAGCUACGGGUCGGGGAAGGUCAGAGGCUUCCUGAGCCAGGACUUGGUGACUAUGGGCGGAAUCACAGUGACACAGACUUUCGGAGAAGUGACCGAGCUGCCUGUGAUACCCUUCAUGCUGGCUAAGUUCGAUGGGGUUCUGGGCAUGGGCUUCCCUGCCCAGGCCAUCAGCGGGGUCACCCCUGUCUUCGACAACAUCGUCUCCCAGGGCGUGCUGAAGGAGGACGUCUUCUCUGUCUACUACAGCAGGGAUUCCCACCUGCUGGGAGGCGAAAUUGUGCUGGGCGGCAGCGACCCCAAAUACUACGAAGGGAACUUCCACUAUGUCAGCCUCAGCAAGAAGGGCGUGUGGCAGAUCAACAUGAAGGGGGUGUCCGUGGGGUCUACCACUCUGUUCUGCGGGGAGGGCUGCGUGGCUGUGGUGGACACAGGGGCGUCUUUUAUCACCGGGCCCACCAGCUCCCUGAUGGUGCUCAUGGACAGGCUGGGGGCUAAGGAGCUGAUCUCCAGUGAAUACGUGGUGGACUGUAACCAGGUGCCUACACUCCCCGACAUCUCCUUUCACUUCGGAGGCAGGGCCUACACACUCUCCAGUGAGGACUACCUCGACAGUGACAAUGGCGACCUGUGCACGCUGGCCAUCCAUGGCCUGGACGUCCCGCCACCCACGGGGCCCCUCUGGGUCCUGGGUGCCAGCUUCAUUCGCAAGUUCUACACUGAGUUUGAUCGGCGGAACAAUCGCAUUGGCUUUGCCCUGGCCCUCUGAGGCUUGGUGCUGCCCAGGCAGGCCCUGUCCUCAAGCCCAGCCUAGAGCCAGGUAUACCUGGGCUUGUGCACGCAGGGCACCCGGUACCCUUGGACGUUUGCCCUGCUCCCACCCCCCACCCCGCACC